AUGGUUUACUAUCCGGUGCCCUGGCUGUCGGUGAACCUCUGUGCAAGGAGGGAGAAUGAAGGGGAACUUUCGACUAUCGUACCAUUAACAAUUUAUUAUAGAUUAGUUAAGGCACCGCUAAGCUUUCCAUUCCACGGGCUGUGUUUCAACAACAAUCUCGAGGAGGACUGGCACCAGUUUUGGAGGACAACGCAGGAAACGGAAGGCACUCAUCAUUUUGCCUUUGUCGAAUGGACGACGAAUGAUCAGAGGUGGGUUGUGGUGGGAGUCAGCACGUUUCAUGAUAGUAAUCUCAUGCUAUUUACUUUCAAACUAUUUACUUUCAAAUCAUAUUUAGACGUUUUGCUCAAUGGAUGCACGUCUCAUCAAGCAACAGCAAAGGCAAUCAAAGUAUUACAAGUCCAGAAUCACAAUGCUGCAGGCAACAAUAAGAAAACUUAUGAAUGA